AUGCACUCGUUGGCAAUUUCUGAAAAACAUGAUGACGACCUAGAGGCUGCUAAUGAUUUGCAGAAUAGUAUGAUUGAGAUGGAGGAAGCUGUUUGCUGGGAAGAUGACGACUCUGAUGAGGAUUAUGUUCCUUUCCUCUAUCUACGAUCUACUGGAGCUUCAAGGGCAGAAAUUGACAAGCUUCCUGAAAUACACAUAGAUGAGGCUGUGCUGGAUGUAGAGGAGGUGCCCAUAGUUCCUGAAGAAGAUCAACACAUUCCUGUAAGACACAAGGUUGAGACUGUAGAGGACCUCGUAGGAAAGGAAGCGAGCAUCUGCUACAAUGACAACUUGCUCUCUCUUGCAAGGUACAUGCAGUUGCCUUCUGAAUACUGCCUAAAGCCUGUAGAGGAGCAUUGGAAAGAGAGUAGAGAGAAGGUGUUGAACAAGCUUCGACAAAAGACUGAAGUAGUUGUACUUGGUGAUGGCAGAAUGGACUCCCCUGGCCACUGUGCACAAUUUUGUACAUACACCAUGAUUGAGCACGAGACCCGUGACAUUGUGCACAUUGUGAGCGAGGACAAAAGGAGAUUUGGCAGGAAUUCGGUCAUCUUGGAGAAAGUCUGUUUUGAAAAUUACAACUACCACAAUGGUCGAGAACAUAGACGCAACAGAAAAGGAGAAAAAAUUUACAGACGGUACUACAAUAAGAAGUCAAAAAAACUGGAGUGUGCAUGUUACAAAGGAGGCCAAGAGUAUGCCUACAUUCCCGACCUUCAGAAGGCAAUUCUUAGGAGAAGAUUAGAGAGUGGGUCAGGCCUUCCUCGAAGAAGAACCCUUUCAGAAGAUGACCCUGAGCGCCUUGGACUGGUUGGCACAGCGGACACACCACCCCCCACUGCUGAACUUGUGGCAAGACACACUUCCCGGGGAGCAAUGGCUCUACUAAUGGAAGACUAG